GUAUAAGAUAGAAGGAACGCAUCCUCUCUUUACCUCCCCUGAGGCUCUGUCAAAAGCUAGCCUUCGAGGCGAUCAUGGCCGAUGGCGAUGGGCUUUUGGAAAUCCAGGGACGCAAACGCGCGACGCAGACCGCCUCUGUCUCCCUACCCGCCCCUGUUCCAUCUCCGUCGAUGGUGCCUGGCGCUUCUUCUCUCGACAUCUUUUCCUUCACUCACACCCCUAACUACUGUGAAGAGAAUGUAUAUCUGCUCUGUAAGAAACUUUGUGAGGUUGGGGCUGCUGAUCCAAUGGGUGCUGAUCUUUUUGUUGUCUUCAUAUCCAACGAAGAGAAAAUGGUCCCUCUAUGGCAUCAGAAGGCUAGCAUAAGAAAUGAUGGUCUGGUCUUGUGGGAUUAUCAUGUGAUCUGCAUACAGGUAAAUGCUAGUAGAAGAGGCAAGGUGUUUGAUCUGGUGUGGGAUCUGGAUUCUAGUCUUCCAUUUCCUUCUCCCAUUAAUGUGUACUUUUCUGAAGCCAUUCAACCAAUGUACUCUCCUAAUUUGGUAAAUAGCAGGCUUUUUCGGGUGGUUCAUGCUCCACUAUUUCUUCGCUGCUUUGCAUCAGAUCGUAGUCAUAUGAAAGAUGACCUGGGGAAUUGGCUUGCUUUGCCUCCUAAAUAUGAACCUAUAACUAGUGAAGGCGACAACCUCUUGCCUUUCUAGAGGAAUGGCCUCCGUAGUUUAUUGAUAUUUUACAUAAGAUGGGGUUGGGAAGGAAAAAGACAGGUAGUGCAGAGGGAUCCUGGAGGGAACAAAGUUAACGGGCCCCAACCUAAGAAGAGUAGUUUGCUCUUUUAAUUGUCAAGAUAAGUUUCAAUCCCACUAUAACUCUUUUCUUAUAUUUGCACAUAAUUAGUUAGUAUCAGGUAUUUGCUUCAGAAAACUCACCUUAUCAUUUCUCUUCUUUUCUUUUCUUUGUUCAUAUCCCACUACAAGUGCUUAAAGUAGUAGUCAUUGUCUGGAACUUUCUUCAAUUUAAUACUGUUGCUAGCAGUCGAAUGUUUUUCCCACUAAUGUAUCUGCUUGUUAGCUUGAAGUUUCUUUCCGUGAAUUCAACAUGUCAGAGCAAGCAUUCUCGAGCAUUGAAAA